AUGCUGAAUGGGCUGAAGAAGCUUUUCUCUGAGAUCGAUCUUGUCAAGUCCGCAGAAUGGUCGGUCAGUCGAUCUGGUCAAUUUUUUUACUCAAAGGGCUUCACCCACGCCGCCGUGAUGAGAUUCGACAGCCAGGAAGACUGCUUGGCAUUCAUGACACACCCUGCUCACGUUGAGCUCGGCGCCACUUUCCUUGACGCCGUUGACGACUUUCUGGGCCUCAACUUCCCGGUUCUUUCUCUCAAGUAG